UCAUUGAUAGUAUGAAUUUCAUACGUACAUAAAUAAAUCUCACACAUACAUCAAUAAUCAACAAUGAUUCAUCCUCUUUUUUUCCCACUCCCUUUAACCUCUCUCUCAUUGAUUGUAUUUUUUUUUUUUUCUGCUCCUCCAAUCACCACCACCACGUGACAAAGGAGUGAUGGGUGACCCCAAAAGGUCCCAAACAUCAUUCAUAAUUAUUUUAGCACAAAUGGACGUUCCAACAAACGGAGCUUUUAUAUCAAUUCAAGCCAAUAGCGUACAAACAACACUGGGUUUUUGGAUAGAGUAGCAAAAAAGAAACAUAACACACAACUCCAAACCACCCCACGCGCCGCAGCCAAUAUGGUACACCGCCACAUCCUCCUCGUCACUUUUCCGGCACAGGGCCACAUCAACCCUUGUCUCCAAUUCGCCAAGCGUCUAGUUUCGAUGGGCGUCCAGGUCACCUUCACCACCGGUCUCUCCGCCCAACGCCGCAUGACUGCCGGAACACCGGAGGGCUUGAAAUUUGUC